AUGCCUACCUCAGAGCAGUUCGACGCAUGUACAAGCCCUUACUUUCAUCGAGGUUACAACUUUCCUCUAUGGAUCAUCUUCGGGAUCGGCAUCUUUGGCUUCGGUCUGGCUCGAGCCAUGUACCUCGACGUCGAUGGAACUUUUGCCAAGGACAAAAUCAUCAAUGGUGACUGGGAGUCGUGGUCGUCUGGACACGAACAUGUCGGUAUCGUGAUGCAUCUUGCCACUGUCAUACCGGCCUACUUCCUUGUGCCAUGGCAAUUCUUGCCUAUCAUCAGAUACAAAUUCAUGCUGUUCCAUCGUGUCAAUGGGUACAUCUUGAUCAUUCUGUUGUUACUGGCUGAUGUCAGUGCUUACAUGAUCCUCCGCACCUCAAUGGGUGGUGAUCUCGCAACACAAACCACUCUCGGUUUGCUCGGAGUCUAUACCAUCACAUCAGUCACACUGGCUUUCGUGGACAUCAAACGCCUGCAGAUCGACCAGCAUCGCGCUUGGAUAGUCCGCAUCUGGAUCCUCAUGGGCGCCCCCAUCACGCAACGCAUCAUCCAGAUCCCAACCUACCAAAUCUUGACACGCAUCGGCACAUACUACUACCCUAUGGCAUGCCAUACCAUCGCCUACGUUACACUCAACACUGCCGGUCCAGAGGCCUCGAAAGCCCUUCUGUCCAGAUACGGAGCCUGCCGCGAAGAUCCCAUCAACGGUGUGGCAGCCGUGAACGUCAACAUGGGAGGCACGCCAGAGGAGAUUGGCGUAGCCAUCAGUGCUUCUUUCGUCCCGUCCCUAAUCGUGGCAUUCUUCUUGCAUGCUGCUGGGGUGGAACUUAACCUCGCAUUGACGACUGCUGAGCGAGAUCGUCUGAAGCAGGUCAGCUAUGAGAAGCAGAUGGCGAGAGGAUGGAAGAGGGCUGGUGAUGCUGGUUUGACACCCGACAAGUUUGGGGAUCUGCCGCAGUGGUAUCCGGCUGGAUCUAUGGUCAGGCGAGACUCGCCGAGCGGGAGCGACACAUUACUCUGA